GAAAAGUCGACCUGGGGUCCUUGAUAAACCCAACCCAGUCCCACGUUCUACACCCGAUGUUCGCCCCAUCACACUGUCUGCGCGUUGCAGAGUGACUUCGUUUUGCUCGCUUCAGUUGCAACACUCCCAAAUAUACCAAAAGCUAGAGCAGCUGUGUUCAUAUAGUCACCUACGACAUCAAAAUGGCGAUCGGAACAAUCCUCAAGCAGGAGGUUGUCGCCGGUGAGGAUGAGAAGCACGCUGCCCAAAAGCCAUAUUUUGGCCUCGGACAUGAACUGCGCGCCAGCAUCUCUCCCAUUUCUAUUGAUGGAGCUACCGAGGAAGGGCAAAUCUUCUCUAUGGGUGAGGUGGACGCCGCCUUGGAUGCGAAAAUGAGACUGCUGAACAGGACAAUUGACGAGAUCGGCUGGACCAACAUGCACCUGAAACUAUUCUUUCUCAAUGGAUUCGGAUACGCCGCGGAUUCCCUCGUCCUCUUGUUGCAGUCCGUGACUGCCGGCCAGGCUGCCCUGGAAUUUCAACCGUCUUUCUCCUACGGCCUCACUGUCGCUGCCUACUCGGGAAUGUUGGUGGGAGCUCUAUUUUGGGGACUAGGUGCGGAUGUCGUGGGCCGCCGCUUCGCCUUCAACACCUCCCUCUUUAUUUGCUCCGUCUUCGCAAUCGUGGCCGGAGCGUCGCCUAACUGGUACGCCCUGGGCACGUUUACUGCCCUGACUGCCUUCGGUGCGGGCGGCAACCUUGUCCUCGACACGACUGUCUUCCUCGAAUUCCUCCCGGGCAAUAAACAAUGGCUUCUCACUCUUAUGGCCUGUUGGUGGGGGCUCGCUCCCGUCAUUGGCGCUGCCUUCGCAUGGCCUCUCCUUUCUCUACCUCAAUUUAUCUGCACCGAGGCUGCAACCUGCACCCGUUCGAAUAACAUGGGCUGGCGAUAUGUUUGGUUCGGCAACGGAGCUUUGGUUUUCGUCCUUAGCAUACUGCGGGUGACGGUGAUUCGGCUCAAAGAAUCUCCCAAAUACCUUCUCGCCAAAGGCCAAGAUGCAGAUGUCGUCCGUACCUUCCAGGAGAUCGCUCAGACGUACAAGCGACCGUGCAGUUUGACUGUUGAGGAGCUUGAGGCCUGCGGAACAAUCCUGCCCACUUACGGGAAAGCAAGGUACGGCUUCAGCGAGUUCAUGGCUCAUUUGCGAGGACUCUUCGCAACCAAGAAACUGGGCAUUUCAACCGCGAUGAUUUGGUUUUCUUGGCUCUUAAUUGGCCUCGCGUACCCGCUUUUCUACGUCUUCCUCCCUGAAUUUCUCGCUAGCCGCGGCGCCCAAGUUGGACAGCCCGGUCCUUAUUACCAGUGGCGCAACUAUAUGAUUACCAACACCGUGGGCAUCUUCGGCCCCGUUGCCGCUGGGUUCAUGUGUAAUCUCAAGUGGCUCGGUCGCAAGUACACCAUGGCCAUCGGCGCCCUCUGUUCCAUGACGUUCUUCUUCGCCUACACGGCUGUGCGGACUCCUGCCCAGAACAUUGCUUUUACUUGCUCGAUUUACUUCUUCGUGAACAUUUACUACGGCACGCUCUAUGCCUAUACCCCCGAGUCCUUGCCGUCUGCGCAUCGGGCCACUGGGAACGGAAUCGCCGUUGGUUUCAACAGAGUCAUGGGCUUGGUCUCUGCGUUUGUUGCUGCGUACGCCGACACGGCCACGUCUGCACCAAUCUACAUCUGCGCCGCACUCUACAUUGUCAUGGCUGUCGUGGCAGUGACUUUCCCAUUCGAGCCUUACGGCAAGAGGUCCAUGUAG